AUGCCUGUGUUAACUUUGCAGCGUUCCUACAAGUACAUCAUGUACGCAACCAAACAGCCAUCUCUUAGGAUAAAGCAAGCCGAUUUGAAGUGUAAAAGUGGAUGUGGGUUUUAUGGAAAUGCAGAUUGGGAUGGAUACUGUUCAAAAUGUUACCGAAACCACAUGGACCAUGUGCGACAAAGAAAAUCUCUUCAGAAUCAAACACCAGAGAAUUCAAAAACCCAAAUGUCUGGAUUUACGAAAUUCGAAGAAAAGAAGAGGCAGCAAACUGAUAAGAAAAAUAAAUACCUAAAGAGUUUACCAGUUUUCAGAAAAUCAUCUAAUGUUAAAGAUUCUGGUCGUCCUGAGAGAUACGCUGACAUCAUGCGUCAAUCCACCCCCGACACUGACAAACUCUUAGUAGAAUUCAUCUCGACGUACGGCGAAUGGGGUGAGCUCGUUAGGAAGGACUUACUGAAGUGUGCUCAAUCAAUAGUGACAGAGAUAUUUUGUGGAUUGGACACGAAACCAAUCGAAGAUUUGGCCGAGAUUGCACAGAAUUAUUAUAACAAAUACGACAACCGUUUGCUCACAAAUACGGUCUACCAGGUUGUCCCUAGUGAUGUUAAAGAUCAGCUGUUGGAUUUCUUUGAAAAAUACAGUAUGAUGAGUCUCUACAGAUUCCUUUUUUGUCCUCCUUUCACAAAUGAUGAGGAUAAAGAUCUCGCAAUCCAAGGACGAAUUCGAAAACUGAGUUGGGUCAACGCGCAUCACCUCGACUGUUGCAUUAGUGAAACAUCCAUUGAAGUCAGAGAUCUAGUUUAUUCUGCUAUCAAUGAUCUUUUGGGCAUGGACUCAAUGAAAACACCACAAGAAAAACUCACUUGUGUUGUAAAAUGCUGCCAAAGUGUUGUCAAAGUCCUCCAGCAUUGCCAAGGAGGUCCUGUGAGCGCCGAUGAAUUCUUACCUGCGUUGAUUUUCGUUGUCUUGAAAGCAAAUCCGGCCAGACUAAAGAGCAACAUUUUGUACGUGACGAGAUUUUGUAAUGAUACGAGGCUGAUGCAAGGAGAAGCUGGUUAUUAUUUUACAAAUUUGUGCUGUGCAGUAUCUUUCAUCGAGAACCUAACUGCAGAAUCCCUGAAUAUGCCUGCCCAAGAGUUUGAGGCAUACAUGUCCGGUGAACUGACUUGCGUCAGUGCUUGGGAAUCGGCUUUGGUGGCUUGCGAAGGGAUGCACCAACUUUGUGAGCAUCUUGCACUCCUCAAAGGGCUUUCAGAAAGGACAGAUACUGUCAAAGAUGACACACAAAAGCUGAUGGAAGAUAUGCAAAAGUUGAAGGAGGAAAUAACCGAAAAAGUUACCUCAGUCCUGGAGCGUACUCCACUCAUCAUAAAACCAAGAAAAACUUUGAUCCAGCUAACAAAAGAGAACGUAUCUUUAACAUCUGCUGUACUCAUACCACUGUCUACGAACGAAAAUAUCCCAACGGAUCACAAUAAUGAGCUGGAAGAUCAAAACCCCACACAAAACUACUACUUGCAAAACCUCUCGAUGGCGCAACUCAACCUCUUAGAUAGCACAAAAAAUAAACUGCAGUUGGAAUUGACACCUUGCAUAACAAUAGCUGACAGUACUAGUGCAGUACUACCUUCUCAGUCAACGGAAUUCUUGUCCUCGAUGGACAGAAGUAUCGAUAGCAUAACACCAGAUGACAGUAGCUAUGCGGGAUUGUCGAAAAUUAACUACGACAUCGAUUUCUCCGACCUGAGUGCUGAGAACAGCAUGGCCGAUGAACUGACCCCAGAAAAGCGGAAAUCACCAACGCCUAGUUUUUCAACACCUGAUCCUUUCAGCCCACUUGGGAGUUCCUGUUUAUUGAUGCAGAGUCCGCUGGUACCGUCUGCUGCGUUUCCACAACCGGAAGCUAAACCUUUGAAGAAAGACGAUUUCGUUCUGCCUUUCUUAGAGGAUAUGCCCGUUCCGGAAGAGAGGUUGCUAGAUAACAUCGAGGAAACAACUGCUAUAAGUUUACCUCCGCCCAUGAAGCCCACUGCUGCGGAGUAUACGGGUUUUUCUAAACAAGGGUCGAAAAUUCCUAGUAUUCCCUGUAGUACAGGAGAGUCCGGAUUCAUGUCAUUACCUUUUGAUUUACCGUCAUCAUCCAAAGAUGCUAUUAAUUGA